AUGGUCGAGGCAACUGUGAGGAGAAUAGACAUGAAAGAAAUAAAGAAGAAUCUAAUUCGGAAGUUUCACAAAAUAGAAUACAAGAAUACGGAUCUAAACCCAGGUUACUUCGAAAUAGAAGAGGAAUAUUUGAAGGUACGAAAUGGGGUAAAGAUGCUUAGAGAGUGUUUGAAGACAUUUAAGCAUUACGAACAUGGUAGUUCCGCAGUGAAGUACCUUUAUGACGGAUUUUAUUGGCUUGAAAACAAACUAAAGACGAGUAUUCUACAGAAGAAUGAUGUGUAUUCAAAUGUGGCCUGUGCUGGGAAUGAGAUAGCAAAAUACACAAAAGACAAAGUGAGAAAAGGACUAGGAGCAAACAUGCAGAAUGCAUAUACGAAUGUAGCAGAAAACAAGAACGCAUUUAACAACGAGGUAAAGAACCUGCUUCUGGAAUUGGAUGUUCUGAUGGAGGAAGCAAGUGCCAUAAACCAAAAUAGAAAAGGAGUUAGAGACAAUCGAUACGAUUUGGAGAAGGCCAUUCUGGAUGAGCAAUAUGACACUGAAUACAUUAAAGCAGAAAGAAAGAACCUAUCAGCAAGUUGUAAGAAUUGUAUGAAGAGCAUGAAUUCGUACAUAAGGGAUAAGCGCAUUGGGGAGAUUAUUGUCAGGUUCCAGAAAUUGCAUUGCAGAUUUUACAAUUCCAUAGUUGAUGAAUUGUAUGUAUUUGAACAGUAA